AUGACCAGAAUCAAGCUGCUGCUGCUGCAGACUCGGGCCCAGAGGCUGAAGAUAGCGAGUGCGCUCCAGAGGCAGCCGCUCCAUGCCUGCCUCACGUGUCAACGCCGCAAUGGAUCACCGGGUGGCUACCUUUGCCUGGCUUGUGCAGAGCACUGCCAUGCUGACCAUGAAAUUGUUGAGCUGUGGACCAAAAGAAACCAGCGCUGCGACUGUGGCAAUGAUCGAUUUUCGAGUGGCUCAAAAGAAGCCCGGCCCUGCACGCUACGCAAGAACAAGCCUCCCACCAACCCCGAUAACAUCUACAACCACAACCUCCAGGGCCGUUUUUGUGAUUGUGACCUGCCCGAGGACAACCAUGUGCUGCCAGAGCACCUGCGCGAACGACUCUGCACCUGUCCAAAGCAUAGAGCCCAAUUGGCCGACGCCAAGCUGCUCUUCCUUUUGGAUCCACAGGACAGCAUCGCGGCGUAUGAAGCUCGACAACGUCCUGAGCGUGAACAAGCUGACGAACAGGUCGCCCAGGCAGCCAUGACCAAAAUGCAACAGUUUAUGCCCAACCAAAGACUUGUCCUUGCUGAGGGCAUCGGUCGACUCCAGCGGGCGAUCCAGGAUAUGGCCCGUCGCGCUCAGAGUGAAGGUCGCCAAGUCACGGAAGCAGAUGUCCAAGAGAUCUUUCGGAAUUUGGGUCGAACCUGA